AUGGUGUGCUCUAAAUGUCAGAAGUUGACCAAAUCAACAGCUUUAGCUACACCUGGGGUUAAGAAGAAGAAUGAUAUGUACUAUGGCUCUCCAGCUGGAAGUACCUCGAGAAGUGGCGACAAGACGAAGACCUCAGCAACGUUGGGCAAUAAUGGUGUAGGGAAGAGUAAACUUCUAUCCAAAGCCGCUCGAAACCCCUAUGCAGCAUACUCGAGCUCAUGCACCACUUGCAAAACGAAAAUCGAUCAAGGACGGACAUAUUGUCAAAAAUGUUCCUACAAAGCUAAUGCAUGUGCAAUUUGCGGAAAAGCUAACUCAAAAUCUACCGCCGCCGCACCUGUAAUCGCUGGCCAGAAAUUUACUUUGAAAUGA